GUCUGCAGCUGCUCUAAUGUGACACAAUCAUCCUCAGUCACUCAGCCUCAUUUUGUGAAAACAGUCUGUGUUCUCCCUUCUCUGCUUUCUAACUUCAUCUCUUACUGUCCGGGGACCGGUGCUCAGCUGGUGAAGUGGAGCCAUGGGCAAGGCGGGGAGUAAAGUCCUGAGAGAGACGUCGGUGGACGGGGUGCAAGCACCGGCGUCUCCUGCUGCGGCUGCUCCUGCUGCCACCGUCAAGUUUGAGGGACUCACAAAAAGCAGCAGGAUGAAGGUGAAGUGGACUCAGCUGGGGUUGGUCUUCUUCCUCGUUCUGUCCUUGGUGAUGACCGGAUGCUUCUUCUGGCAGUAUCAGCUGCCCAAGGUCCUGCAGGACGAGGGGAUGGGUCGCAACGCCAAGGCAGAGAUGAUAUGUCCUCGCUUCCCGGAGCCUCUCCCGCUGGAGCAUCCCAUCCCCAGUCUGAAAGAGGCCCUGGAAAAGGUGGACGUUUUGCUUCGGCAGAGCAUCAACCCCAUCAGCCUUCCCGCUAUGUCGGCCAUUGUGAUUUUAAACGACACUGUUUUAUGGACCGGCAACUUCGGAAAGAGGAACAGCAGCGACCCUCUCUCAGGUUCCCCCAAUGAGUACACCAUCUACAGAAUUGCCAGCUUAUCCAAAAUCUUCCCGACGCUGAUGUUGUACAAACUGUGGGAGGACGGGAAGAUCGGCUCCCUAGAUGACCCUCUGGAGAAGUAUGUGGAGAACUUCACCAUCAAGAACCCUCUGGGGAAGUCACGAGACUCGGAGCUGAAAUAUGUGACAGAUGGUCUGAUAUUUCUGGACAGUGGGGAGGUUCAGAUCCGCUCCUCCUCCGUCACCCUGCGCAGGAUGGCCAGCCAGCUCUCAGGCUUGCCCAGGAGACUCCGGGCAACAAAUCUGCUUUGGAAAGGAAAAACACAAUCUGCAAUCAAUCUGCUGCAAGACGAUGUCCUCGUCGCAGACCCAGGGACCAAAUGUCACUACAGCAACCUCGCCUUCUCUCUGCUUGCUCAUGUGAUGGCCGAGCGGGUGGCCGGCGUUGACUACCAACGCUGGAUCACAGACAACAUCCUGGACCGGCUGGGAAUGGAGGACACCGGCUUCGACAUCACCCCUGGGCUGCAGACUCAAAUGGCUGUAGGCGUGUACUCCAACGGGAAGCCAGCUCCGCUCUACGACCUGGGUUGGUAUCGGCCUUCGGGUCAGAUGUUCUCCACGGCGGCAGACUUGGCCAAACUUGCCAUGAUGCUGCUGGGUGCUUAUCACCGCAAGCUGCUCGAGCCGGACUCUCUGAAGAUCAUGCUGAUGCCACUCCUCAGGUGUGAUAAGGACUACUUCGCCAACCGCACCGGGACUCCUUGGGAGGUGAACGAGCUGAUGGGCUACGAGAUGGUACGUAAAGAUGGAGACCUGGACGGGUACUCUGCCACCUUUUCUCUGGUUCCCAGACUGAAGCUGGGUCUCGUCGUGCUCAUGGCUGGCAGCAGGUCUCAGUCCCAGGAUGUGGUCACCAAGGCCUACAGCCACAUCAUCCCGGCCAUAGAAAAAGCCUUCAGGGAGGCAAGGAAGAUCGUCUUUGCUCCGCCAAACCCAGACCCUUACAUCGGCUUCUUCACCUACGGCAACAUCACCUUCUACGAAAUCAAAGUAGGGUCCGACGGAGUCCUCAUCAUGCAGCAGUUUGGGCCUCAGAUUGAAGAGCUUAUUCCAGAAAAGUUCAGGACAAUAAAGCUCAACUACCUGGUGGACCGGGUCUUCAGAGUGGUGUUUGAGAAAGAGUAUCCUUGUGUUUUGCAAGUCGGCUCAGCCUCCGUGUCCCUGGAAGCCCAGGAUGGUCAAUUAUUUAACUUCUACACGUUUGACAAGCGUGGUCUAUCCACUGGUUUUGAUGCUCCGGGACUGAAUACAUAUAAUGUGGUCAGAAUAGCCCGCAGGCCGUCUUUCUCAAGCUAAACUGCUGCAACGCUGUGGCCUAAAGACAAAGGGUAUGACACUGUGUGGGGUUUGUGAACAUUGAAAGACCAAAUGAAAAUGUUUGAGGUCAGAGAAAGGACUGAGCUCUUUAUUUCCAGAGCGCACACAGGGAGAAAAUGAAUUCAUUUUCCUUCUGAAUGAUAUGUAAUGUGACUGUUCUUUCUCCUUCAUUGUCUCCUGAUUGAGCAUUCACUUUAUGGUGAUACAGUGCUUGUGCUUUUCCUGCCUUUGUUUCAACUGCUAUUAGUCCUUGAGUUUUCAUGAGUGAGAACAGAAGAACGGUCUCUCAAUAAUUGUGCUAAUGUGCACAUGUAUAUUUCUAUAAAUAUUUCACUUUAAAAUCUUGGGGCCAUAAUUGCAGCUCGACAAAUAUCAUUGUCGCAUACAUAUUUAUCUAUGGUGAGAAACCAACCAAUUACAUUUCUCUGUGGUGCUGUUUUUGUGGCAGGUAAAAUUGGAACACUUUCAUGGCAAAUGUGUUAUAGCUAAAUAGAGAGCUGCUGAUUUAAUGCAGACAAUCACGCACUUAGAUGCGAAUGAAUGCAACAUAUUUUGGCUCCCGUAAAGCAGUGAUUAAGGAUACAGAGGCUUUUGGUUGCCAGUGUGAUACUGUUUAAUCCCUGAAAAUGGACUCCUGAUUCAUCCUGACCUCUCACACCAAUAUGAAUAAUACACUGCCCUGGCUGCUGCUGGAUGACAGAUUCAAGUGGACAAAGAAAAUGCUGUGCACAAGGCAGACACUUAUCUUCUAUGAUAGAUUGACUGUCUGGGGAUGUGAUGGAAACAAAGAAACUGUUGCUUAGUGCUAAAGCAUCAGGUGCAACAAGUGCAAUCGAGGGAAUGUGAAUGUCUGAAAUUUUUUUAAAAAUAAAUGUACUGUGUCCACUGAU